CGUAAAGGUAUGGAUUAUAUUGAAGAUGUUCAAGAAGAUAUUCCAACAUUAAACCAACAUGAAGUAUUAAUUAAAAUUCAUGCUUUUUCACUUAAUUAUCGUGAUUUACUUAUUAUUAAUAAUAAAUAUCCAUUUUCAUUAAAAGACAAUAUUGUUCCAUAUAGUGAUGGUGCUGGUGAAAUAGUUGAAGUUGGUGAUCAAGUUAUUGGAUUUAAAAAAGGUGAUCGUGUUAUAUCAAAUUUUGAUCCAACUCAUUUAUAUGGUCCAAGUCAAAGUUGUUUAAUUAAAAUUCCUGAUCAUUUAUCAUAUGAACAAGCUGCUUCACUUGUAUGUACAGGUACAACAACAUGGAAUGCAUUACAUGGAAAUAAUAGACUUUUACCUGGUCAAACUGUUUUAUUACAAGGUACUGGUGGUGUUUCAUUAACUGGUUUAAUGUUAGCUAAAGCUGGUGGUUGUACAACAAUAAUAACAUCAUCUGAUGAUGAAAAAUUAAAACAAGUUAAAGAUAAAUAUGGUGCUGAUUAUACAAUUAAUUAUAAAAAACAGCCAAAUUGGGAUGAAGAAGUAUUAAAAAUAACAAAUGGAGAAGGUGUUGAUAUUAUUCUUGAAAAUGGUGGAGCUGCAACUAUUGGAAAAUCGUUAAAUUCAAUUAAAAUGGGUGGAAUUAUUGCUUGUAUUGGAUUUUUAGGUGCUGCUCUUAAACCAGAAAAUCCUGAUGUUGCUUUAUUAGCAUUAGGAAAAAGUUGUAUUGUUCGAGGAAUUAUUAUUGGUUCACGUGAACAAACCGAACAAUUAAUGAAUUUAGUUGAUCAAAAGAAAUUAGAACCACCUGUUCAUAAAGUUUUUAAUUUUGAUCCAACAUCAGUUAAAGAAGCUUAUCGAUAUUUAGAAAGUCAAACUCAUAUGGGAAAAAUUUGUAUUAAAAUUGAUUAA